GCUCCGCGCCUGGGCCCGGGGCGGGAGGUGCCCAGAGGGGCGGGGCUCAGUCUGCAGAACAAUUUGAUGAUCACAUUUCUGAAGAUUAUGUCAGAAGAUUCAGACAAGGAUAAGCAGCUGAUAAAUCACAUAAUAAGUGAUGAAUACAAUUCGGAUGAAGAUCCCUUUAACCCAUUUGUGGCAGAAGAUCUUGAGCAGUGUGCAUUUUUCACAGAUUCCAUUUGUGAUCAGCUUUUCCCACGGACAAAACAGAUUGUCUUGUCGUAUGAUUCUGGGAGAUGGGUACCCCGGCUUCGUGAGCCUCGCAAUCUUUAUGGCAUAUCCCCUGCAGGUCACCUGAGCUUAAUACGUUGGCCACACCAAUGUGAGGUCAUCAGGGACAGAAUUGAGCACAUUGACUGGAUUCCCCGUGAGCCUGAGCCACUGUACCAACCAACAGGCCUGGAGCUCGAGCCACUGUACCAAUACCCCAGAGAGGGGAUGGUGGUUUAUUUAGCAGAUGAAGCUAACGAGGAAUCCUGUUUUGUGUAUUCUCGAGUAGGAGGUAGCUACCCCUCAAAGCAGGUCAUCGCUCAAGAUUGGGACAACACUUUGAACUUUGAAGCACGUUUUGAGAGUGGGAAUCUGCAAAAGGUGGUCAAAGUUAAUGAAUUCGAGUACCAGCUGACACUGCGCACUGACCUCUACACAAACAGGCACACCCAAUGGUACUACUUCCGAGUAACCAACACUCAGGCAGGAAUGCCUUAUCGUUUCACCAUUGUCAAUUUCACCAAGCCCACCAGCCUGUACAACCACGGUAUGCGUCCACUGUUGUACUCAGAAGUGGAUGCGAACAUCCACCGAGUUGGCUGGCAAAGAACAGGAGAUGAAAUCAAGUAUUACAAAAACAACCUUGGCCAAGAUGGGCAUCAGUAUUUCUCACUCACUUGGACAUUCCAGUUCCCACAUGAUCGAGACACCUGCUACUUCGCCCAUUGCUAUCCUUACACUUAUUCCAACCUGCAGGACUACCUGGCAGCCAUCUCUAGAGAUCCAGUGAAGUCAACAUUUUGCAAGAUCCGCAUCUUGUGCCAUUCACUAGCAAGAAACAUAGUAUAUGUUUUAACCAUCACCAGCCCCUCAGAAAGUGGCAAGGAGGCAAAGCGUAAGGCAGCUGUGAUUUUGACUGCAAGGGUGCACCCAGGCGAAACAAACAGCUCCUGGAUAAUGAAGGGCUUUCUGGAUUACAUUCUGGGUAACUCAGGCGAUGCUCAGUUGCUCCGUGACACUUUUGUCUUCAAAGUGGUACCAAUGUUGAACCCAGAUGGUGUGAUUGUGGGAAAUUAUCGCUGCUCCUUAGUAGGUCAGGACUUAAAUCGUAAUUACAAAUCAGACCUGAAGGAAUCUUUUCCUUCUGUUUGGUACACCCGGAACAUGAUCAGAAGAGUGAUGGAGGAGCGUGACAUUCUCCUGUAUUGUGAUCUUCAUGGUCAUAGCAGAAAAGAGAAUGUCUUCAUGUAUGGCUGUGAUGGUGGGGAGCAAGCAGAGGUGCCAUGCUUGCACCAACGCAUCUUUCCUCUCAUGAUGAGCAAGAACUGCCCAGAUAAGUUUUCAUUCCCAGACUGCAAUUUCAAAGUACAGAAAAGCAAAGAAGGGACAGGUCGAGUAGUGAUGUGGAAGAUGGGCAUCCGCAACAGCUAUACUUUGGAAGCCACUUUUUGUGGAUCUAAACUAG